GGCCCCCCAAAAAAAUAGGGUGUCAACUAAAAAUUUAAUAAUUUUUUGGGUCUAAAUUGUAAAAACAGAAACAAAAAAAUUAUUGUAUAGAAACAGAGGUGACAAACAGAGUGACGGCGUUCGGCUUCUGGCGAUUUUUUUGAUAUAAAGGGGUUUUGGUUGAAUUUCUUCAUUAUCUAAUCAUGCUUCUUAGAAAGUAUAGUUUUGGAUAUGAAAAUAGAAAAAAGAAGCAAAAAGUAGAGAGAUUAAUUCAAAGUCAAGCAAGAGCUCUUGAGGAUAAUUUUUUUGGUGGCAAGAAACAAAUAGAGAUUUCUUCAAGUUCAGUUGAUGAAGAUUUGGUGAUUGAAGAACCUAGUGGUUAUACCAACACUGUGGAUGAGGAUAGACAACGAAUAUCUCUUGGCAUGAAGAAUUCAUAUUUUAUGAGCAAUUGUGCAAAAGUGCAACAUCCUCUUCUUGCUGAAGUGGAAGCAAGGGCUUCUAUUCUUCCACUUGAGGUUCCUCUCGAUGAUAUAGAGAACUCAGACAUGGUUAAUGCAGUUUGUCAAAAUAUAGAGCACGUCGGUGAUCUAGAUACCCUAGAUGAAAAGAAUAAGAGACCAGCAAAGCAUAACUCGAAAGAAGCGAGGGAACGAGAAAUUAGGGCUGCUGAAGAACUGCUACUAGAGAAAGAUAUUCCAAGAAGUGUUGAUGAAUUUGAGAAAUUGGUUAGGGUUUCACCAAAUAGCAGCUUUGUCUGGAUAAAGUACAUGGCAUUUAUGCUUUCUUUGGCUGAUGUUGAGAAAGCCCGCUUGAUUGCUGAGAGGUCUUUGAAAACAAUAAACAUCCUAGAAGAAUCUGAGAAGUUGAAUGUAUGGGUGGCUUAUUUUAAUUUAGAGAAUGCAUAUGGAAAUCCUCGCGAGGAGGCUGUUUCAAAAAUAUUUCAAAGAGCAUUGCAAUAUUGUGAUCCCAAAAAGGUGCAUCUGGCACUGUUGGGAAUGUAUGAAAGGACCGAGCAACAACAGUUGGCUGACGAGCUUCUCAGCAAAAUGAGCAAGAAAUUCAAGCAUUCAUGCAAGGUUUGGUUAAGGCGGAUUCAGUGGCUAUUGAAGCAAAAUCAGGAUGAAGUUCAGUCUGUUGUAAAACGCGCUGUUCUAUGCCUUCCCCGCCAUAAGCACAUUAAGUUCCUCUCACAAGCAGCCAUCCUUGAGUUCAAGUGUGGGGUUCCUGAUAGAGGCCGAUCAAUGUUUGAGGGAAUGCUUCGUGAUUACCCUAAGAGAACAGAUUUGUGGAGCAUUUAUCUUGAUCAAGAAAUUCGACUUGGUGACAUGGAUGUGAUUCGUGCAUUGUUUGAGAGGGCAACAACCUUGAGCCUUCCAGCUAAAAAGAUGAAGUUCUUAUUCAAAAAGUAUCUCGAGUUUGAAAAGUCUCUAGGCGAUGAAGAAUGUAUUGAAUCUGUUAAGCAGAAGGCAAUGGAAUAUGUUGAGACUACUUUCGCUUGAUACUUGUUGUAUACCCUAUUUCCGGACAAUGUUCCUAUUCCAGUGUUGCAAAUGAACUGAUCAGGUGUUUGCCCUGCAGUGGAGGACCCACACAGAUGCUCUGUUUGAUUUAGUUUUCAAAAUCUGAUUUUUAUUUUUUGUUUUUUUAAAUACUAAUACUUUUUGGCAAAAGAAACACCAAACUAGUUUGAAAACAAAAUGAAAAUGAUGAUUAUUUUUUUUGCAAUUCAUUUUAUUCACCAAAUUAGUUUUUACCUUUCUUUAAAAAAAAAUUCAAAAAACAUAUUUUGAAAACGAAAUCAAAUAGAUCGGAAGCUUUUGUCAAGCGUGAUAGGAGAGAAGCAGCUCGGCCUUAUUUUCCAGCAAUGAAGAUCAGGUGAGCAACAGUUAGAAAUGGAUGCCAUUAACAGCCAUCCUGUUUUUCUCAAGAUUGUGGUUAUUCACAAAGGUGAGACAUAAAUAUAGAAAUUAACAUGUUGAUUAUGGAGACUUUUUGUUAUCUCUACUCUUGAAGUGGUAUAAGCUAAGUCCUCUCUUUUUUCUUCCUAGUUGAAAA